GAAUCUCGGAGGUAACAACAUAGUUGGGUGCACAAACGCUAUCUCCGUUGGUUUUUAUCGGCCACGAUAAGAUUGAGUCAUUUAGUCACCGCGAUACGCUGUAUCGUGCUGCAUCGUGUGCUGUAUGCCCAAUUACACUGAUGUAAAUAUCAUUGCGCGUUUGUACCCUCCAGUUGUGCUGUAUGUCAACGAUGAUUGAGCGUGGACUACGCUCCCUGCGCACACGAUCGCUCGCCUAGCACGGCAAACUGCUCCGUCCGUUUGAGAACUUAGUUUGCCGCUUCCUUCGGUCGAAUAAACACGUCCUUCACUUGGGUGAGUCGAUACGUUUACAUAUAUAUGUCCACGACCACGAAUAUCCGUUUGCUAUCACGUACAUUGUUUCUAUAGAUGCACGUUUUGUUUUAAAGAUGUUUAAAAUUUCCUAUUUAUUGCCCUUGUUGAACAAAUUACACAUGGAAAAAUAUUUUUUUUUAUCUUGUAAAAGAAAGUAAUAAGUUCAGCUACAUUAUUUCCUUCAACUGAGUUAUUUAAUUGAAUUAUUUUCCGAUGUGCUUAAAAUUAAAUAUUAAAUUAAAGGUGUGUGUAUGCAUGUUAGUGCAUUAAAUAUAUUGUUAAUGAAAUAAUGCAGUUGCCAUUUGUAAAGAAACGAAUAUUACACACGUUUCGUCUCAUCGCAACAAUAUCAACCUUUAAAUAUAAAUUUUAUCAAUUGCAAUUUAUCUUUUUACCCCACCGACGUUGUGCUCCAAUCAAUUGAUAAAUUGUUCCAACACUUUUACAUUAAUACGCAAAAUUCUACAGCUGUAGCUUGUGUCUGUACAGUUUAACAAUUAAUCAGCCGAAGAACAAAGAAGAUAUAUUCCAGCCACGGCCUUUACUCGCCGUUCCAAACGCCCUUCCUCUCGCUCUCUCUCUCUCUUCGCCGCGCAGGGGACAUACAUUUCUCUUUUUCAUCGACCCGGCUUCCCCCCUUAAUAACUCGCGGCUAUUUUUGCGCCGUGCACCGCGAGCAACAUGGAGUACAACGACACGCUGCUCAUCCCAGGCCAACAUAUACGUCCGCCCGUGACCGAGGAGAUGGCAGUCGCCCUGUUGGAGCAGCUCUAUGGCAUGAGGGCGACGAGCGUGCGCGAAAUUAACGCUUACGACGACCGCAAUUACCACGUGAUGUGUGAUGGGACGACUGCGAAUCCGCACGUGAUUAGCCCGGAGAAGGCCGGCUACGUCCUCAAGGUGAUCAACUCCUUGGAUUCCCGCAAGACCGACGUGAUCGAGGCGCAGACUGAGCUUAUGAUUUUUCUCAAUCAGCGAAACGUCUGCUGCCCGUUACCGGUCAAGAACGUGAAUGGCACAUACUUUUCUCUGGAGACGCUGAAGAGCAAGAAUACCAUGGAGAAGUACGCCGUGAGACUGCUGGUCUACCGUCCCGGUGAGCUGCUGUACCACGUGAAUAUAACCGACGAAUUGUUGCGCAACGUCGGCAGCUUCACCGCAAGAAUCGACGAAAUCCUCAUGGGCUUCAAUCAUCCCGCCUGCGACAAUCACAGAUCAAUGUGGAUGUUGACUUCGGUGCCGCGAGUACAGCAGUUCACGUACGCGAUCAAGAGCUCGUUGGACAAGCAGCUGGCGCACGACGUGAUCGUGAGUUUUCAGAGGGAGGUGCUGCCGAUCAUGGAUCAACUGGAGCAAACUGUCAUACAUGGUGAUCUGAAUGAGCACAACAUUAUUGUGAGUCCCGACGGCAAGGACAUUGCCGCCGUGAUCGAUUUCGGUGACUCUCACAGGACUUGUCGCGUUUUCGAGUUAGCUAUAGUUCUUUGCUACAUGAUCCUGCAAACGGCCGACGUGGGGAUGGGUAAACACGUUGUGGAGGGCUAUGAGAAGAUCAAGAAGUUGACCGACAUGGAAAAAAAAAUUCUCAAGAUCAGCGUGUGCGCCAGGAUAUGCCAGAGUCUGGUAAUGGGCGCUUACUCACACCUGCACGAUCCCGAAAAUCAGUAUUUGCUGAGUACACAGAAAACCGGAUGGGUGUUACUGAAAAGAUUGUGGCCCAUGAGUCAAGAGGAUGUGAUGCAAACUUGGGGAUUGACUAUUCCCUAAAACGAGCAAUACUGAUCAACUUGCCGAAACUUGCUUAAGGAGAUAACAUGGAUUAUUCGUUUCUUUAGGGUUUUAUAUAUAGGUAUAUAUAUAUAUAUAUAUAUAUACAUUUUUUUGUAUAAAUAUUUGAAUCCAUUUAAUAAUUUUAAACGAUUAGAUAAUGUUUUUAUGAUAACUUGUUGACAGAUAACGAAGUUGAGAGAUAAAAUUUAUUGUAUGAUUAUUAGAUUGGAUUGAAGGAAACGGAGGUAUUGAACUUGAAACUUGUUUGACAUAUCGUUUUUCAAAAUUACGUUUUGACGACAACGAAUAUUAUUAUUUGGCGUUUUGAAAUGCAGUCGUUUAUCUAUGUAUGUUGUUUUAUCAGCAAUUAUCAAUAACAUAUCUAACAAGAAUACACAUGGAAAUGCUCCGACUUUGAUGAGCUUUUAAUGUACGUUGUAUUCGAGAUUAAAAUAUGGGUAUUUUUUUAUAUGCAUUUUUAGAGGGUACAACAUUUCUUUGAAAGAAAAUCAAUUAUUUUUUUCGGGGCGAAUAUCGUUUUGGUAUCGUUUUCGAGUAGCAUUAAUCACGUGAUGACCUAAAAUGUGCGCACAAGUGUCCUGUUCUUCCCGUGAAUAAAAGAAGCGAGUCUCUGAAGUUCACAUCCCAUCUGAAACCUAUGGAUCGUUUUGUGCACUAGAAGGAAAAACAUUAGCUACUGUAACAAGUCUUGCAAUAUUGUCUAAACUAUAAUAGAUGACAAAAAUUUUUUUAUAUAAAGUUGAAUGAUUUUAAAAAGAUUUAUAAUGAUAAAAAAAU